CAGGGGCUGUGUAGAGCCCUUUGCCCAGCCGGCGGGCGGUGGGUGGCGUUUGCUACUCCGGGGCCUAAUUCCGGUGAGGCGCCUGUUGGGCCGCGCGUCCGGGGUGCUGUCCUUUCUCACAGGCUCCAGCUUGAAGUCAAAGUCUCCUGUGUGCAUGGUAGUUUAGGUUAAUUCUACACAUGUGGAACUGUGAGUGAUUAGAUUAUGAAGAUACCAAAAUGAAGUAUUCAUUUACCUUUCCAUACAACACUGUUUUAUUGCCUUCACUAUUUAAAGCUCAACACCUGUUUUAGUGCAAACAAAUAGGCAGGAUGAGGAGUUGGUCGAAUUUCACAGCCCGCCUGGAUUCAUGUACAUAGUGUAGCAUUAAUCCACCCUUCUCAUUCAGCAUUUGUUUUCUCAGCAUUCCAAUCCAUCUUAAAUAAUUUGUUGACCUGUGGGAAUGGGGUUUCAGACUAAAGAGGAAAUAUUUCUGAAAGGGUCAAUUUAUAACUUGAAAUUAAUCUGCCUUUUAAAUUUCUGAUUCUAGAAAUCCAUCUCCAACUGCAGACACCCCUCUCAGCCCCUCUCAUUUUGGAACAAAAACAGUCCCACAGAAGAAUUCAUGAUAUUUCUGACGAUGAGUGUCUGAGGAGCUGUGAAAGUUGGGAGGCUUCAUUUACAUGGUUCCUGAUUCUCAAAAAGGAGGAUGGGACUCUUCUCCAGCUAGAAGGCUCUUCUUUGGUGGGAAGGAUAGAAUCUUCUGAGGACCCCUGUGGAAUGGGCAGACUGGCAUAGGUGGUCAAUAAGGUACAUCUAGGUCUGUGUACGGGUCAACUAUAGAGCUAAUCAACACUGGAAGCAAGGAAGAAGAAAAAAAUCGUGCCCUAUCAGUGCAGGUCCAUCUACAGGUGUGUCUGUGGUGGCUUUGGAUUGGCAGAAGAUCAUUACCUUCAACAGGUGUGCACUUUGGAACCAUCAUCUUCCACAUCCUGAGCUGCCUCUACUCUCUGUCUGUAUUAUUGACAGAGACUUUGUAUUUGGAAAGGGGACUGUGUGAUUGCUAUACUGAAAACUGACUCUUACUUGUGCUACCAAAUUUAGCCCUGACCCAGUGGAAGAGUUUUAAGACAUCAACCUGGGACACUGAUAACCGAGGCCAAGACUAGACAGGGCUGUAUAAUUGAGCUUCAGCCAUGACUGGGGCUAAGAAUAAGAGUAGAGCCCAGGCUAAAACUGAAAAAAGGGCUUGUGUACAGGCUAAAGCUGCAACAGAGAAGGAGGCUACUCCUGUAGUGAGGCCUGUAGCCAAGCCCCGGGUCAAAGCAAAAGCCAAAUCAGCGUGUAAGUCAGAGUCAGUGACAGAUAUGAAAGCAGUGCCUAAAAACAAGGUUGUUGCUGAGGUGAAGAGAAGAGCCUUGUCAGAGCCUAAGACUGUUGUCAAAGCCAUGGCAGAUUUCAGUCCCAAGGUUGAGAAUGAGGCUACCAGCUCCACAUGUAAAAAUGAGAUUUGUAUUGAUGCCUGGUUCUGGUGUGGGGAAGAGGCCAGUAUCAAUUCCUGGUUCUGGACUGGAGAAGAGGCUAGUAAUUGUUCUAGUGCUAAGAAUGAAGGCAAAGGUAAUUCUGUUGCCCGGGUCUGUGCUAAGGAGUUGGAGCCUGUGGCUGGGCCCAGCCAUAAGCCUAGGUCAGGGGCUGAGGAAGAGGAGGAAGAGAAUGUUAUUGGGAACUGGUUUUGGGAAGGAGAUGAUACUAGUUUUGACCUUAAUCCUAAACCUGUGUACAGGAUAGUUAGGCCUCAGCCUGUGGAUGAAAUUAAUGAAAAAAAUAGACCUAAGAAUUGGUCUGAGGUAACUAUCUGGCCCAAUGCCCCUGCUGUAAUUCCAGCAGUGUUAGGAUAUAGAUCCCAGGUCUCAUGUGAGACAAAGCCUCCUUCAUAUCUUGUUCUAGCUUCAGCUGAGGAAAAUACCCAUUCUUUGCCUGCGUCAACAGCCUGCCAUUCUAGGAACACUCGCUCAUGCUCACAACCUAUCCCUGAGUGCCCAUUUGGUUCGGACCCUUGCAUCCAGACCAUAGAUGACAUUAGACGCCAAAUCAGGAUCAGGGAGCUAAAUGGGAUUAAGCCAUUUGCUUGCCCUUGCAAAAUGGAAUGCUACUUGGAUUCUGAGGAAUUUGAAAAACUUGUUAACUUACUUAAGUCAACUACUGAUCCUCUCAUUCAUAAAAUAGCCCAGAUUGCAAUGGGUAUCCAUAAUGUUCAUCCAUUUGCUCAAGAAUUUAUUAAUGAAGUAGGUAUAGUGACACUUAUUGAAAGCUUGCUCAGUUUUCCUUCCCUUGACGUGAGAAAAAAGACUGUAAUUACUCUGAAUCCUCCUUCUGGGGAUGAAAGGCAACACAAGGUUGGAUUACAUGUUAAGCAUAUGUGUAAGGAAACUGUGUCAUUUCCCUUAAAUUCACCUGGACAGCAAUCUGGAUUAAAGAUACUAGGGCAACUGACUGCUCAGUCUGUCCAUCACUACAUUGUUGCCAAUUACUUUUCAGAGCUUUUCCAUUUGAUUUCCGUGGGAAAUUGUAAAACCAGAAAUCUUGUUUUGAAAGUACUUUUGAAUAUGUCUGAAAAUCCAACUGCAGCCAGAGAUAUGAUCGAUAUGAAGGCAUUGGCAGCAUUAAAACUCAUUUUUAACCAGAAAGAGGCAAAAGCCAACCUUGUUAAUGCAGUGGCCAUAUUUAUUAACAUAAAGGAGCAUAUCAGAAAGGGCUCAAUUGUAGUUGUCGAUCACUUGAAUUAUAAUGCACUCAUGGCCAUUUUCCGAGAAGUUAAAGGGAUUAUUGAAUCAAUGUAAAAUGAGCCAGAAAUAAAAGAGAACAUAUUGAACCAUCUUCAAACUCUUAGCAAGCUGUAUAUUCCCAAAGAGCCUUGCAUCAUGUUUUGGUUAUUACAGUGUGUGCACUAUUUGAGCUAGACCAUUUGAGGGUAUCAAAUGAAUAAUUACAUCUUGAGCUGAAAACAUUGGUUAAUUUUUAUCUUUUUUAGAUCGGCACUUUUUAACAUUUUACUUGAGAAGGUACUGAACCAUUUCAUUAUAAGUAAGCCCAUUUGUUCAUUAGUAUCUGCUUAGAUCCAUUUAUGUUUACAAAUGACAAAAAAAGAAAAUAUCCUUAAAUUAAGGCAUAUAUAUACAAAGAUAACAAUAUCUAAGAGUGUAUGUGCAUGUGUGCAUACACAUGGGUGAGAUAUUCUCAUUGCCAAAUGUGCCCUCUGAAUAUGUAAAGAGGCAGGGGUUGCUAUAGGCCAGUGAUUGAUUCUCAACCCUCCUAAUGCUGCGACCUUUUAAUAUAGUUCCUGUAGGUCGCGACCCACAGUUUGAGAACUGCUGCUGUAGGCUAUUUAAUGUAAGAGCAGUUACUGUUGUCACCCUAUUCUGGCUAUAUCAGACAAUAAUUCUACAACACAGUAAUGACCCAGAAUCUCAGAUAAAAUGUAGUGUUUGGUCUUUUUUUUUUUUAUUUAGCUACUACAUUUGUAAUUCUUAAAUUCUUAAACUUUUUCAUUUGUGUCAAAGUCAUUUCACUGAAGAGAAGAGAAGAAACAUUUCAUGAAUAUUUGUUUCGUGCCAAACACUUCGUUGGCACUAUAUUGUACAAAUUUUUUCCCCUCACAGUGGGCAGGUGGCAUAGCUGUUUUACCUGAUACUAAAGCCAGUCUUACCACCCUACUUUACAGUCUUCUUUACUUUUUAAGUUGAUGUCCCUCAAUGCUCAGAGACUGGUUUUAAUGGUUUAACUUUGUGGUAGAUGAUAUCCUUGCCAAGUGUUUCAGUUCUUAACUUCCUCCAAAUGCACGUGUCCAUUAGGCAUUUGGUUAACCUGGCUGGAGGUCAGGAGAAAAGUCUGAGAUGAAUGUGUGGAUUUUACCUGAAGUAUCUGGGAAAUAGUAAGUGCCCAAAAUGUUGUUCAAUGAAUAAGAUGUAGAUUAGGGGGCGGCGCCUGUGCCUCAGUGGAUAGGGCACCAGCCUCAUAUACCGAGGGUGGCAGGUUCAAACCCAGCCCCAGUCAAACUACAACAACAACAAAUAGCCAGGCGUUGUGGCGGGCGCCUGUAGUCCCAGCUACUCAGGAGGCUGAGGCAAGAGAAUCACCUAAGCCCAGGAGUUGGAGGUUGCUGUGAGCUGUGUGACGUCACGGCACUCUACUGAGGGCAAUAAAGUGAGACUCUGUCUCUAAAAAAAAAAAAAAAAGAUGUAGAUCAGGAGUCAUCUGCAAGUGAAAUUGGUUAUCCUUUGUAUCCAUUUGUAUUUUUUUUCAGAGAGCUAUAAUCUUGCUGUAUAUUGCUUUAUAUCCUGUAUUUAGAAAGGUGGGUUUUAUCCUCCUUGCAAAAUCAUACCUUGAUAUUUGUAACAUGUAUGAUUUAUUCUCCUGUGUGCCACAGGAAAGGCCUAAGGGCUUUUUUGUUUCAGCCUGGCUCAUUUCUACAUUUGUACCAGCUAAAAGUGUAUGGAAUAAACUUAAGAGAAAUUCAUACUGAGAACUCUAGCUUCAACAACCCCAAACAGGAAAGCUGAGAGAGAGGCUGUUAUCUCAACUUGUAAGACAAUGGUUUAUGAAAGUCUGCAUGGUCCAGAAAGCAUUCCCAGAACUUUUAGGCUAUGGUUUUGUUCUCUAGACUUGUGAUUACAGCCCCGGUCUGAGCUAAAGAGAAAGUCUUUUUGUGAAAAUGUGGGGUUAUGUACUUUGAUAUUUUCAGACAGUUAAGAAAUUAAAACAAGAUCAUUCUGUAAAUAUGUUUGUAACUUGCUUCCCCACUAACUGUAUAUUGUGAACAUUUUUCCACAUUAAUAUAAUAUGCCUUUGUAAUAUAUUUUUGAACCCUUAAAUGUUUUUCCUAUGUUAACACUGGUGUUUUGUAAUCUUUCAUUGCAUAUUCUCUUUUUCUUUAAUUUUUUAAAUUAAAUCAUAGCUGUGUACAUUAAUGCAUUUAUGGGAUACAAUGUUCUGGUUGUAUAUACAAUUUGAAAUACUUACAACAAACUAGUUAACAUAGCCUUCACCGUACUUUCUUAAUUAUUGUGUUAAGACAUUUAUACUGUACACUUAGAUUUGACAUGUACCCUUGUAAAAUGUACCAUAGGUAUGGUACGACCAAUUACCCUCCCUCCACCCAUCCUCCCCCCUCCCCUCCCC